GCUCCAUCCCGUGACUCUCUGUAUCUCACUCUCUCUCUCUCUUACAGUCACAGACGACCUAGAUCCAAAAUAAGCGGCGGCAGCUCGGGGGAGAAGCAGGACGACGCAAGCUGAGGCAACCACGACGCCCGUGUCCGGGGGGCGAGUUCUAUGCCCACGUACCAGCAAGGGUCGCCAUGGUGGCAGCCGCAGUGGGUUAGGAAGGUGAGCCUCGCGGUGGAGAUGGCAUUUGCGCAUGCUAUGGCGGCCGGGCGUGCCCUCGAGCCAUGUGGCGCACUGGCGCCCAAGAUGUCUAGCCUUGCUGCGGCGCGGCGCGGGGAUCUCAUCGCAUCGAGCCACCGAGUGCUGACCGGAGCAUUCAACAGGAAAAAAUUAAAGAAUGGAAGACUGCAAAUCAGUGCAAAGUGGGGCUCCUGCCCAGGUACACUCAUGAAAGGCGACAACAGGCCAGCAGAAAAAUGAAGCUCGAGUGGGAUGCUGAUGAAUAGAACCACUUCGAUGAGCCAUAGGUGAAGUGGUGUACCUGUGCCACCACCCGCCGCGUCUGGGGUUCCCUUGGCCGCCUGCGCAAGCUCCUCCGC